AUUAGGUAAAUUGACACUUGACAGACUAAAUUUACCAAAAUGUAUUUUGGUUUAAGUCUUGAGUUUUCUUUAUAUCAUAACUAUUGAAAUUCUCUUUGCUUGAAGUUGAAGAAACCUCGCAUUAUGCUCUUUGAUCUCAAGGGAAAUGAUUUCGAUAUCUAAUAUAAUGCUCUUUUGGUGAAGACUUUAAGUCCUCAUCAAAAAUAUAACAUUAUUACAAAAAGCUAAAAAUAUCGCAGUGUUUUAAUAACUAAUUAUGUGUCUCAAGUUUAGAGUUUGUAAUAAAAUGAAAAUACUUACAUUACGUAUUGCAUUUUACUCCACAAAACCGACAUCGUCUGAAGUUUUAACUUCAUAUUUAAAGCAAUGUAAUGAACCUCCAUGGACUUCUUAUUUCGUAAAGUACAGAAGUGUGAAGGAUGAUCAGUUUGGCAUGUCCAAUUUCAAUUGGAAAGUGGGAAAAUCAAAUUAUCAAAUAUUGAGGACAGGCUGUUUUCCUUACAUUAAAUAUCACUGUUCUAAGAGGAUACAAGAGGACUUGGACACAUCAGAUAAGUUUAUGAGAUUCAUCAAAAUUGUUAAUCUAGGUAUUCCAUGUUUAUUAUAUGGUCUGGCUGCCACACAACUAAUAAGGCAUCAAGAAAUAGUCUAUACAUCUAAGGGUCCUGUUACAAUAUACUUUCUGUUGCCUGAACAUAAGGGGUCUUUGCAUUGAUACACAAGUCAAAGAAUGUAAAUACUAGAAACAAGAUCCUUAUGAUUUAAAGUAUAGACAUAAGUUGUAUGUAUAUAAUCCAAUGUUAGAUUUUUAAAUGGCCAAAUAAAUUUUAUCAGACAAAGCAAAAUCAGAUUUAACAAACUACAAAAGUGAUGGGUUAAAUAAAUAAUGUAGACAUUGUAGUAUGUAGUAAGUUUAUUUAUUAAGAUUUAUAAAUAAAAGAAAGUGCCCACUUAUUUGUUUCAUAAAUUAUAUGACAUGUUAAGUGACAACAAACGAAA